AUGUCACAAGUUCUGGAUUUGGGUGAGAAUGAAUUGGAAUGGCUGGCAAAUCACCUUGGCCACGAUGUCACUGUUCAUCGGCAAUACUACAGACUUCAGGAGUCAACCCUUGAGAUGACGAAAGUUGCUAAACUACUCAUGAUGAUAGAUGCAGGGAAAGGUGGUAAUUACAUGGGGAAGUCGCUCGACGACAUAUCUCUUGAAGAUCUCGACAUUCCUGUUUUGGAUGAUAGUGAUGGCUCUGAUGAGGAAGGUGAUGAGGAAGGAACAGAAAUUCCUAUUGAGAAGCCAGCAAAAGCAAACAAAACAAAGCGCAGAACAGUCGCAAACCCUGAAAUUCCAGCCAAGAAGCCAGCAAAAAGAAAUCGCAAAACAAGCGCAACACCUGAAAUUCCAGCCAAGAAGCCAGCGAAAGCAAAGAAAACAAAGCGCAAAACAAGCGCAACACCUGAAAUUCCAGCCAAGAAGCCAGCGAAAGCAAAGAAAACAAAGCGCAAAACAAGCGCAACACCUGAAAUCCCAGCCAAGAAGCCAGCGAAAGCAAAGAGCAAAAUAAGCGCAACACAUGAAAUUCCAGCCAAGAAACCAGCAAAAGCAAAGACAACCAAGCGCAAAAGGGACCGAACCCCUGAGAGAGCCUCAGGAAAAAAGCAACGCACAUAAAAAACGGCCAAGUUUGGCUUAAUGUUGACAUUUCCAUAACCCAUGAACUUAAAAGUGAAAAAUUCGUGGUAGUUUAUGGAAGUAGACUCAUUAAUCUUUUAUUUUACACUUUUACCGUUAACAUUGGUUUCCAUUGAGUUGGUAGAUUUUCUCACUUUGUUUCUGACCAUGAAAUGUACAUGCACGCCGGUCACCGUGUCAUACUACAGUCAUUUUCCGAUUAAGCAGUCUUCAGUUACGGACUUCACUGGGUCUGUGUAGUGGAAAGUGUAAGGGUAUGGAUCUUACUUAAAUAUUGUUCACAUUAAUUUGUAGCUGACUGAAUUUUAAUUUCAUGUUAACCGUAGGUUUUGAUACAAAAAAGUGAUGUCGUACUUUUCCUUGGAGUUGGAGGAAAUGGUAACUCUAAUGGUAUGAUACAAUAUGAUCUUAAAAACUAAAAGAUACACUUCAUGUAGUUUCUAUGAAUUAACUCCAAUCACGUGCAGUGUCUGUCACCAAAAAGGAUGCAACAGAAGAUAUCAUAAGAAAUACAUAACAAUUUGAUGUUCUUUUAUACUGAUCUCAGGAGUAUGAUUAUCAUAUGCUUGCAUGAUUCUAGUUUAGAUUUUGAGUUGGAGAAUAAGAAAAGAGUGUGCAAUUACAUGGAUUUGCAAGCAUGGUGUCCAGUAUUUCAGGCAGGUAUGUCAGGAACACAUAGAACAGCCUGUAUAUUUUCCUGUAACGACCAGGAGACAAACAUUACAAUCAGCACUCACUGGCAGUUUGCCAAAAUAAUUCAUUUCAUUUUCUAUACUCUGUGUAUGUUAUCCAGGCAUCCUAUCAUGUGCCAAUAAAUUUUGUUGAUGUUUGAAGUACAUAGACGGGUACCGAAACCAGCAAAGAUGCGUAAGGCUGUAUUCAGAAGAGCACAACAUCAAGAAGGCCACGUUUCUGUCUUGGUUGCGCAAGGAGGAGACAAUUCGCCACAAUUUUGACCACAGCAAAAAAAGGGGCCAAGAGCGCAAGGUCAAGGACCGCGAUGUCGGGUAUUGGCCUGAGAUGGAAGUUGAGAUGUCGGAGUGGUUUCGUGAUAAAAGACAAAUUGGUAUGCCAGUCAGUAUCGAAGAUCUAAAGGAGAGGGCGAUGAUAGAGUUUCAACAGUGGUGGGACCAGCUUCCUGAAGAAACCCAAGCCGACAUUGUAACUAGUAAACCUGAACGCUCAAACUUUGCAGCAUCAAAUGGUUGGUUUGAAGGUUUCAAGAAAAGACAAAACAUUUCCCUGCGGAAAUUGACGAAAGAUACUAGGACGAUACCUGAGGACGCUGAGAAUCUCAUUGCCGAGUUCCGUGCCAACUUUUUUCAAACAGUUGAAGAGAUGGCAUUCCGCAUCAUCGGCAACACAGGACGUAUGAACAAACAGGUUCUCCACAGAUCAACAUCAAGAGCAGUCGGGGAAAUCAUAAGCUUGGCUGUACCGUUGUGCUUUGCUGCACCAGGAAUGGGGAAAAGGCACCUGCACUUGUCAUCAUAAAAGCAGCUCCCAAUGGACCACUGGUAAGGAGGAUAAGGGCAACACCUCCAAACAAUGUUAAGGUCACUGCUACUCGGACUGGAUGGCAAAGACGGGAGUCAAUGGAGUAUUGGUUUACGAAUGUUUUUUGGCCAUUCAUUGAGGCACACGAAGAAGAAUUUGACCCUUUGCUGUUGAUUCUUGAUCGAGCCAGAGUACAUCUACAUGAUGAAUUUCAAGAGCUGAUGACAGAAGCAGGCGGACUAGUGCAGUUCAUUCCACCUGGCUGUACGGCAUUUGUGCAGCCGUUAGACUGCACCGUCAUGCGCGCAUUCAAAGCCAGGGCACGCAAUGCGUGGAAAGCAUGGAAAACAACCAACACUGGUGAGGAUGGACAGUGCCCACGAAUUCCAUGGGAAGCUGUCCUUGAAAUUGUAUCUGCAUCAUGGGAUGGGAUUGCCGUGGAGGCUAUUGUCCGAGCUUGGGGCGCGGCAGGGCUCUUGCACUAUCCAGCUGAUGUGGAUGAUUUACUGAUUCGCAAUGAGGAAUUGGAUGAUGAAGACGGCCUUGAAUUUGACAUGGAUAUAGAGUAAAUACAGACUGAGAAUAGGCCUACGUUUUCCAGUAAUGUAAAGAUUCAGUGCACAGGGAUCUUAUUUACGCCAAUUUGUGCAUUCAUUGUCA